CUGUUCAAAUUAGAGACUAAUUAAGUCGAAAUGCAAAACACUGAAUUCACUCUGUUAUAAAUUCAGAAAAGAAAAUGAAAACAAUUUUCAAAGUACAGCAUUAAGCCCGAAGGAAAAGUCAUGUUAGUGUAGAUUAAAUUUCAUGAAAAUUAAAGAAAACACGUGUCUUUUCAUAGAGGUUUGGUAUUUAUCGAAUAUUUAAGUUUGUAAAACUAAUUUUAAGUUCAAAACUGAGCCAUUACCUGAAAACCGAAAUUGCACUUUUGGUCCCCACGAUUUUGCAUUUUUUUUUUUUAAAUUUUUUAAUACUUGUAGUCUUUUGUGAAUAUGUACUUUUUUCCAUAUUUAUUCAUACCGAAAUUAAAUAAAAAUUACUCUUUUACGCAGAAAAUAGCGAAAUGUAUAUACGCAAAAUUUUAGAGUAGGUAUACUACUGGUAAAUCCACUCUAUUUAGAGGUCGGUCCUAUGGAUUCUGGGGAGGACCAAUUAUUGCUUAUAAAUAUUGAAUAACGGAGUUCAAAGAUGCAAAGAACUCCCCCAAACAAAUUUACUUCAGGGGUUACAUCACAACCCCAAACAAUACUAUUGAUGUUAAACACAUCAGCGAAAAAGGGACCAAGAAAAAUGAAGAGAUCGACAUUACAGAUCAACAGAGUUCCAUCGAAGACAAAGAGAUAGACCAAUCAAAAUCAAAGAACUACUUUGAAGAAUGACAAAUUGAAAUAGCGGCAAGAAAACAACUUGAAGUUCUAGUUCAAAGUCUUCAGCUGCAAGUGAAAAAACUCGAAGAGAAAGUUUCCUUACUUGACAAGAAAGAUUCAGAGUCCACGCUUCAGUUAAGUCCAAAAUAUAUUGAGCGUGAAUAUUAAACUGAUGAAGAAGAGCUCUUGUUUGAAACUGAGAAAAAGAAAAAUAAGCGUUACACAAAGAAACGUAAACGUAGUCCUGAGACUGGUUCAAGAAAUGAGAAAAGCUCUAAAACCGAAAAUAAUAAAGAGUUGUUUACAGAAACUAAAGAAGCGAAUAAUGUGGUAGCUGUUGUUAAAUCAAAUUCUCACGCUAAAGGCAGCAAAAAAAUUACACCACCACCAAUUAUGAUCACAGGAUUUCCAAUUUUUGGAGAUCUUAAGAAAAUAAUAGAAAAUGUACUAAAAAAGCUUGCAAAUACACAUCGUACAACAAAGACAACUGGAAAGUCACAGUCGAAGAAGCCGACGAGUAUAGAUCUGUCACUGAAGAACUGAGCAAACACCAAAUUCAAUAGCAGUCAUAUGAGAACAAAUCUACGAGGCCAAUAAAAGCAGUAGCCAGACGUCUUCAUCUUCAUUCCUCGUGCUCUCCCGUGGAAGUAGUGGAAGAUCUUGUACAAAAAGGCUUCCAAGCCCUUGAUGCAGUCAAUCUAUUUAAGAAUGAGACAAUGAAAAACUCCUCUGGAGAAUCGACGACAAGUAAGAGGUUACUACCUUUAUUCAUGCUAACUUUUGACACUAAUGUCGUUUUCCAAAAUUAUGGGAGUGAAUCACUCCUUUUUUGUGUAAUUUUGGAAUUUGUUCACAACAAAUUUGACAGGUGGAGUGAUUUGACGUUUUGCUUUGCAUGUAUUUGUGAAUUGUUUUUGUUUAUUUUUUUCUUCGAGUGAUUUGUUUUGUUCUGCAAAAGAAAAUAAAUUUAAUAAAUUAUUUCAAAAUAAAAUAAAAUAAAAAAAAAUAAAAAAAAGGUAACAUUAAAAUGGAAAUGGAAAUUAGUCUCGAAGACUGCGGAAGGGACGAUGGAACCAUCCUCUUCGUAGGGGAUAAUGUUUUCUUGGAACAUGAAAUAACUCACGCGACAUUUUGUGUUCCUAAAGAACAAGUUAAAGCGUACUUCAACUUGGAGGAAAAUUAUUCGCAGCCGUAUUUACCGUCAUUGGAUGCAUUCCAAGCUGUGAACAGUGGUGAACAUCAAGUUCCAGUUAAACAAGGAGUUCCAGUUGCAGAAGGUGGUGUCGAUUCCCCAGAUACACAAGAUUCUUUUAAAUGGACAGAAGGCCAGACAAUGUACUUAUUGACCUUGUACGAAGAAAACAUGAGUCAAGUAGGUCCAUUAAAAGCCUUCAGGAACAAAAAAGUUAUGUGGGAACAUAUAAGGCUCCUGUGCUGUAAGAAGUUCGACCGUUUCUUCAGCACCGACCAAAUUAUGGGGAUAUAA